ACCCCAGCUAGCUACAGCAACGCUGAGCAAAACGCACGGUGCUUUCAUCGCGGUAUUAAUCAAUGAACGAGUGGCGAAGAUGUAUCUCGCACGGUCGUGUUAUUGAUCAUCGUUCAACCACCCGCUAGUCCGGCCGGCAGUUGGCGGAUAUACCCUUUCGUGCAAGAGCCCAGGUCCAUUUCAAAUCGCUUCGGCUGCAACGGUAAGCUUGGUCAUACAUGUUAUCCCCACAGUGGGUUCUCACCCAUGGGGGUGACUUACCGGCGCUUUUGACGUCAAGUCAUGAUGAUGCCUGCCCUACGUUUGUCAUCGAACCAGUGCUGACUACGGGCAAAUGACUGGGUAAAUCGGCAAGGAGAAGCAACUAAUCCGAUGCGACCUCCAGCAGUACGGGAAAGUAUAAAUGACGGCGGUUGAGUCGCUGUUGUUCGACAGUCUGUUCGAACAGUUUACCAGCGGCACCGCCAUUUGUUGCAAUCAUGAGAUACUCCUUCGUACACGUUCUCUCGUCCCUGGCUGGCUCCGCCUUCGCCAUUCCUGCCCCUCAAGCAUCUGCGGUUCAUGAUCCUGUCGAUCCAUCGGCGGUAGUCAGCAAUCAAGUGUUGCCCACAGGAGCGUCUGGCUCACUGCGCGGCUCAGAGGCAUUGAUUGGUUUCGCAGCAUCGAAUCCCAUCUCCACUGAGUCGACCGUCAUCCCACCUGAUGAAUUCGAACUUGGUACUGGACAGGCAGCAGACCCUGACGAGGGUCUCUACAUUGAUCUCAUGAACGUGAAGAACCCUCAGCCUAUCCGGGGUGGCACUACUGGGCCUACAGACCCCGGCCCAAGGACCAAUGCCUACGAUGCACUCAACAGCGACAUCUUUGCCCCACCUACUACUGACUCGGGUGAUGUGACGAACGCAAAAUGGCCGUUCGGACUAUCACACAACCGUCAUGGCCUGGCUGGCGCAGGUUGGGCACGUAACCAGAACGAAGAUCAGUUGCCCAUUGCGACAGCAAUGGCAGGUGUCAACAUGCGUCUGAGUCCAAACGCCUACCGUGAGCUUCAUUGGCAUAAGCAAGGAGAGUGGGCCCUUAUGCUCAACGGCAGCGUUCGCAUUCAGUCAAUGAACGAAGCUGGCGAGACUUUCGUCGACGAUGUCACAGAGGGCGACGUGUGGUUCUUCCCACCCGGUAUCCCCCACUCGAUCCAGGCUUUCGACACCGGAUGUGAGUUCUUACUCGUUUUUGACAGUGGUGCUUUCUCUGAGGACAACACCUUCCUGCUUUCUGAGCUAAUGGAACGCAACCCCAAAGAAGUCCUAGCCAAGAACUUUCGCACCACGACCAAGACUUGGGACAACCUGCCCGACGGUCAGCUUUGGAUCUUCCCAGGCACCCCGGCACCAAAGAACAUCAGUGAGCAGAACGUCACAGGGCCUGCUGGUAUUAUCCCCAAACAGACACAGUACUCGUACCACUUCUCGCAACAAGAGCCACUCAAGGUCCCCGGUGGUUCCAUCAAGAUCCUCGACCCCGCUACAUUCCCUGUUGCCGACACUUUUUCGACUGCUUUGAUCACUGUUGAGCCUGGAGCAAUGCGCGAGAUGCACUGGCACACCACAUCUGACGAGUGGACAUACUUCCUCCAGGGUUCCGCUCGUCUCACAGUGUACCAAGCUCCUGGCUCAUCGCGCACAUUCGACUUCACUGCUGGCGAUGUUGGCUAUGUCCCCGUUCCUAACGCUCACUACCUUGAGAACACUGGCAACGAGACCUUGGUCUUCCUCGAGGUAUUGCAGGCUAAGCAGUACUCCGAUAUCAGUGUCAACCAGUGGCUCGGCCUCACACCCAAGCAGAUUGUGAAGGAUCACUUGAGGGUCAGCGAUGGCUUCUUGGCUACGCUGAAGAAGGACAAGCCGAUUAUUGUGCAGGGUAACCCGAACUUGACGACUACUGAUUUUACGCCUUCCGCGGGUGGAUCGUAAAUAGACAUUGAGGAGUACAGUAG